UGCUAACCUACGAAGCCAAGACAGUUCCAAGACAAUAAUUAAAACACAUAAAAUUAUCAAUAAAUAUGUGACACAAAGUUGAUUUAUGCACAGUUAAUUAAACGUAAAAGUUGAAAUUACCGCGAUUAAGUGUUACCAUAUAUCGCAGUAACAAAUAUCCCAAAGUGAGAAUGUUUACGCCACUUUUCACUAGAAGUCCGGGUUACACGCAACUUAGUGGUAAGAAAAGCGAUGUGGCUUUAAUGAUGGAGAAGUAUAAUAAUAAUUUGUUACAAAUUGACGUGGACAAGCUCUUUGAGGAGCACCACGUCAAAGAUAUUAUUGUUAUAAAGAAGAUGUUUGAUGCGGAAAUAGAAAGAAAACGAAUUGAAUUAAGAACAAUGGUUAGUGAUAAAUACAAAGAUAUUUUAACUGCUUCUGAUGCUAUAGCUUCUAUGAAAGAUAUGUCCCAGAAGAUUUUAGAGGGCAUUAACGAUAUUCAAGAUAUGUGUGAAAAGUUUAGUGAUAGUAAUCAAAAACAAUUAGAUUCUGAGACUAAAAAUGUAGAAUUUGAUAAAACUGAAGAAAGAACUAUUGUAAUGCAAAUACGUCUUACAUUAGCUUUAAAUGAACAUAUAUGGCUUGGUUUGGAUGAAAAUAAUUUUUCAAAAGCAGCCCAGUAUUAUUUAUUGGCACAGCAUGUUCAUACUGGUUUACGUUUAUUAAAAAAAGACAUCCUUGAAAAAGUACCCCUUUUAAACCGAAUUAAAUCUAAUCUAGAGUCACUACGUACAAGAAUUCUUGAAAAUGUUAGAGAGAAUUUGCAAAUGCCUGAAUUGGAUGCUGAGCAAACAAGUAGAGACUUAAAUACUUUGAUGUUACUUGAGAAUCAAUCCAGUUCUGAGCUAGUUAAUACAUUCAUUGAAAUUAGAAAAGCUGCUUUAAAAAAAGUCACUGUGCAGAAUCAUGGAAGUGUUCGACAAAAACUUUCAGCUAUGGUUAAAUGUUUAACUAGUACAGUGUUAUUAAUACAUGAUUGUUUUGUAUCUUAUAAAGAUUCUAAAAUUGGUUUAAUAUGGACCCAACUUGAAGAAAUAGUCAAUGAAGAUUCUCCACCAACUUUAUCAAAAAUUGUUUUACCACAUUCUCCAUUAAUAAUUUACAUUCCUGAUAUUAUAAAAGAGUUCAGACCCAAAUGUAGUUACACAAUAAGUGACCAGUGGCAAAAUGAUUUAGAAAAAUCAAUUAAAGAUUGGAUAAAAUCGACUGGAGAAACGAUUAACGCAGGUCUUAAAGAUGCUUUAGAACUUGUAACAACAAUAAAGGGUUUGCAUAUUAUUCGAGAGGAAGCUUUAAAAAUAUCUAUUCGUGAUGAUUGGGAAUCGAUUUGUUCAGAAAUAAAUUUACCAACGAAUUUUAAUGUUUGGUACUAUUUCUUUCAAGACUUAAUUACGAAACGCGGUUUAAAUUUAAUAGGUUUAAAAGUAUCUGAAAAUUUAGAUUUUCUACAAAAAGAAAUCGUUAACGUUUUGGAUGAUGUAAAUUUAACUGAAAAGAACGAAGAUGAUUUGACGUGGUAUACUUGGAAUGAGGAUGCAGAUGAUAUCAGUAAAAUAGAAAACGUUCAUACCGGUUUAUCUAUGAAAACAAGUGGAUAUUCGCCAAACAUAAUUAAAUUAUGUGAAAAAGCCGAUUUAAAGUAUUUGGAUAUUUUAAAGGAUUUAUCGCUUUAUUUAUUUGGAAAAGAAUACAAUAAUUCGUUAUUUACUUUAAAUUUUUCGUUAAAAUCGUCUAAAGCAGAUCGAAAAUUUGCAGAUAAAAGUAAAUUAGAAAUUCAUCUUACUCAGGAAUGUUUAAAUAAUACCAAAAAAUUGACUGAAUUCUUAAUAAACCACAUAAACAAGUCUAAAAAUUCAAACUUUGUUUUAAAAUCUUUAGUUUGCGCAAGAUUUAUUGAGGCAUUAAUAGUUUUAUGUCCAAAUUUUAAACGUUGCAUUUGUUAUAAUCCAGCAGAAGAAUGGGAAAAGAUAACAGAAUAUUUAACAAACACAAACGUUACGUUUUGGACGAAUUGGGUUGAUGAUAUAACAAUAAAUGUCGAAAAGUAUUCACAUAAACUAUACGAAAAUUUGGACGUAAUACAAACUUUAAACAUUUUCCAAAAAUGGGACACAAUAGAAAUACAAGAAGAGACGGAAGAAAAAACUUUCAAGUCGCACAUAAAAGUUCCUUAUCAAUUGAGUUUAGCAUUACAAGAAAGUUUAAAUUAUUUAUGUGAUUGUUUAAGCCGUAUUUUACCGCAUACGUUACCAAAACAGGUACAUUUAAAUUUUUUGGAACGAAACGUUCAAGUUUUAUUGGGACAGUAUGAAAAAAUUGUUGCUGGAGAUUUAACGCAAAAACAAGCUUUACAAUUUUUGUUUGAUGUUAAGUUUUUAACUGUUUUUUGCGUACCACGGGAAAAUAUGAAGCUGGUUCAAAAAUCGCAGGAAGUUUGUGAUAAAUUACGGGAAAAUGUUGAUCCAUUUGAUUUGGAUGUGUUUUAUGGGUAUUUGCAGAAUAAUGUUAAACGAUGUACAUUACAAUCACAGGUGAUAUUAGGAUGUUUAUUACCAAAUAAUAAUCAAUUAGCCAAUUUGGGGAUGAUGGAAAAGAAUAAAGAACACGAAAAAGACCCAUCCAUUCUACCAAUUAGCAUUCCAUCUUCAAACUCUUGGUUUCCAUUGUUACCAGUUACUGCCCCCAUACAAAAAACUGCCACCGCCGUUUCUUUACAAUCGAAAGAUCAAAAGAUUUCACCAAAGGUAAAGUCAACAAAGAAAUCAUUGGAUACAGCGAAUACUAUGCGUUCAGCAGCGGCUCUUUUUGGUGCAAUGACAACAGAUUGGUUUUCAAACAAAUAACUAAAAAACAUAGUUAUUUAUUUAAUUACAAAGUGUAAUUUUUUUGUGAUGUA